UUCAAACGGAGGAAGUGAAAGCUGCUACGCGAGCUGUGCUGUUCUAGGGGCGCAAGUUGUUAUUUACGGAAAGGGGUGGAAAUUUGGGUUGCGAAGUUAACUACUGAUUUGACGCAAGGAUGAACGUAGACCACCAACGCUCCAGGACUACACAAUGUGUUUAUGUAGGGAUCUUUAUAACCAGAACCUGGACCAUUGUCUCCUAGAUGCCUUUACCUGCUUACUGAUCUGGUAACUUGUGUCAUAUUGGGGAAUUAGUGAACACAAUAGUGAACUUGUAACUCACAAAAGCAGUGCAGUCUUCGUAACAGACGAAACAUGGCAGAGCGUGGAGCCCACAUCACGACGGCCUCUGCAGGGGAUGACCGUCCCACCAUUUUUGAGGUAGUUGCCCAGGAGAGCUUAAUGGCCGCUGUAAGACCUGCUCUGCAUCAUGUUGUCAAGGUGCUUGCAGAAUCCAAUCCUGCACGCUAUGGCACUCUGUGGAGGUGGUUUGAUGAACUCUAUAUGCUGCUGGAUCUUCUUCUCCAGCAGCACUACUUGUCUUGGGCCAAUGCAUCUUUCUCUGAAAACUUCUAUGGGCUGAAGCGGGUGAAAGUUGGAAGUACAGGAGCUCACUGUCCCUUGCCAAGAAAACAGUACUGGAAGUCGCUGCUGCUUUUGGUGCUAGUACCUUACUUGCGGGUGAAGCUGGAGAAAUUAGUUAGCAGGCUGCGAGAGGAAGAAGAUUAUUCCAUACAAAACCCAACAUCUUUUCGCAAAAGACUCUAUAAAGCUUUCCUGGCAUCUUAUCCCUUUGUGAGAUUUUCUUGGGAAGGUUUGUUUCUGUUUUACCAACUACGGUAUAUUCUGUGGCACGGCAGACAUCACUCUCCUCUGCUAGGCUUAGCUGGAGUGCAGCUUGCAAGACUGACGCUAGACGAUCUCAAGGCCAUGGAAAAGAUAACAGAAAAGCCAACAGCACGCCAGGCUGCGAUGAGCCUGAGCCAGCGUGUCCGAUGCAUCAUGAAAAAAGCCAUCGGUGGUGUGGCCUUCUCAGUCUCGUCCAGCUUAUCCUUGGGUGUCUUCUUUCUGCAGUUUCUAGAAUGGUGGUACUCCUCUGAAAAUCAAGAAACUCUCAAGUCCCUGAAUACGCUUCCUGUCCCUUCUCCUCCCUUGCAUUUCGAACUAGAAACCUACUCGCCACUCCUGCCCAAACUUAAAACCGUAUGUCCGCUUUGCCGUAAGGUACGAGUCAACGAUACGGCUCUUGGUACCUCCGGCUAUGUUUUCUGUUAUCGUUGUGCCUAUUACUAUGUGAAAAAUCACCAGCGCUGCCCUGUAAGUGGCUACCCAACUGAACUACAGCACCUUAUCCGACUCUACACACCUGAUGGAUGAAGCCUUAGUAUACUAAUGCACCUUGAAAUCCCAAUGCUGGCCUAACUGACUGAGAUCUAUCAACCCAAGGUGGCUAAAAUGUUCGGUAUUGUAGUUCUGUUAAAAUUCUUCCAAUCAA